AUGGAUUCGGCGGAGAAGGGUUUGCUCGUCGUGAUCAGGGACGACGGAGGAGCAGAAGAAGAAGUUAACCCUAAAGAUGGAUUUUGCCGGGAGAUGAGGAGGCUCGGUUACAUCGCAGGUCCGAUGAUCGCCGUGAACACGUCCUCUUAUUUUGUCCAAGUGAUAUCGAUAAUGAUGGUUGGUCAUCUCGGUGAGCUUUUCCUCUCAAGCACCGCCAUUGCCCUUUCUUUCUGCAGCGUCACCGGUUUUAGCCUCGUCUUUGGAUUAGCUACUGCGUUGGAGACUUUAUGUGGACAAGCGAAUGGAGCAAAGCAAUUUCAAAGGCUUGGAGAACAUAUUUACACAGGGAUCUUCUCUUUGUUCAUAGUUUGUAUACCUUUGUCUGUUCUAUGGAGUUACAUGGGUGAGAUACUCUCUCUUGUUGGACAAGAUCCUCUUGUUUCUCAAGAAGCUGGCAAGUUUGCGACGUGGCUUAUCCCGGGGCUCUUUGGUUACGCGGCAUUGCAGCCGCUCGUUAGGUUUUUCCAGGCGCAGAGUUUGAUCUGGCCUUUGAUUAUGAGCUCGAUCUCUGCUCUUAUAUGUCACGUUGUUCUCUGCUGGAGCUUGGUUUUCAAGUUUGGGUUUGGGAGUCUUGGUGCAGCUGUUGCGCUUAGUGUUUCUUACUGGCUAAACGUGACUGUUCUUGGAUUGUACAUGACGUUUUCUUCCAGCUGCAAGAAGAGCCGUGCAGCGAUCUCGAUGAGUGUGUUUCAAGGAAUGGGAGAGUUUUUCCGGUUUGGAGUCCCAUCUGCUUCUAUGAUUUGUCUUGAGUGGUGGUCAUUCGAGUUUCUUGUCAUGCUCUCUGGGAUUUUACCUAAUCCGAAGCUAGAAACCUCUGUUCUCUCAGUGUGUCUAUCAACAAUCUCCUCAUUGUACCAAAUACCAGAGAGUCUAGGAGCAGCAGCAAGUACAAGAGUUGCAAACGAGUUAGGAGCAGGAAACCCUAAACAAGCUCGAAUGGCUGUCUACACAGUGAUGGUUAUAACAGUUGUAGAAUCAAUAUUAGUGAGUGCAAUAGUCUUCGCUGCAAGGAACGUAUUUGGUUACCUCUUCAGCUCUGAAGCCGAAGUUGUGGAUUACGUUAGAUCAAUGGCUCCUCUAGUUGCUUUAUCGGUCAUAUUUGAUGCCCUACACGCAGUUCUUUCCGGUGUGGCAAGAGGAUCAGGGAGGCAGAAUAUAGGAGCUUAUGUAAACCUAGCUGCGUAUUAUAUAUUUGGAAUACCAACAGCUAUUUUAUUAGGUUUUAAGUUGAAGAUGGGAGGAAGAGGAUUAUGGAUUGGGAUAACAGUUGGGUCAUUUGCACAAGCUCUUUUGCUUGGUCUUAUCGUUGGCCUCACCAACUGGAAACAACAGGCGAGGAUGGCGAGAGAGAGAGUGAUGGGUGAUGAGUCUGAAGAGAAAGAUAAUGACGAACAUGAAGAGUUGCUGAUCAGCUAA